CGUCAGUUCCAUAAUGGCUGAAGAUCCUGGAGGAGCUUUCCCUUAUUUCACCCUCUUUUUUAUUGGUUUUUCGUUACCUCUGCUGGGAAGAUGGCAGGGCACACUGCCUCGAUAAACGUCCAGAGACCCCCGCUGUUGUCAUGCCCAAGAAAGGGAACCGAAAACGGCUGAAAUUUAGAGCCGAGGAUGUUUGCUCGGAGUCAGUUACUGUGGCUGACUAUGCCAACGCCGAUCCCGCCAUUGUGAAGUCGGGAAGAGUUAAAAAGGCUGUUGUUAAUGCAAUUGAAAAAGAAGUGAAAUUACUCUGUGGACUCGAGGCAUCCCAGGGUCCUGUGCAGGAAGUGCUCUCCUCUGCAGUUGGUGUGAGUAAUGCCGCCCAUGAGAGCAGUGAUGAACUGGACUCAGAAGAAGGGGAUGAAAUCAGAGGGUCCCGCAAAAAGAAAAACAAAAGACACAAAGAAAACAGUAAGAGCAUAGAUGGAGAGGAGUAUCCCAUUGAUAUUUGGCUUCUGCUUGCUGCGUACAUUCGGCCAGAAGACAUCUGCAGAUUUUCUUUGAUCUGCAAGAAUGCUUGGAUGGCCACGUGCACGGCUGCAUUUUGGACACGACUCUACAAAAGGCACUAUAAUCUUGAUGUAGACCUCCCUGAUCGCCUUCAACCAGACUCUAUUGCAAAGAUGCGUUGUCUUCGAGCCCGUGUGAUUUGCUCGCUUUUUCACUUAUAUGAGCCCUUUAGCUUGCGGGUGUCCAAAAGCCCUCUUCUCCCUGAAUCUACGCCUACCACACUCCUCAAUUCCAAGUGUUUGUUGUUUUGGGUCAACAAAGUGUCUGGGAGUAGGUCAGAGGCGAUGUGGGAAUUCAACUUCAAGUUUGUGAAACUGCCAACCAAGGGCAAAAAUGGAUGCAGUUUGAGUCUUCAGCUGCCCAGGCAGUAUAAAGACGUUCACAGUAAUCCAGACUCGGACUGUUAUCUGCUGCGGGUCACAACUCUCAAUUUCAUUUUCACUUCUGUUGUGAUGGGCAUGACGUUAACUUUGUUCACCAUUAAUGUGAGCACAGACAUGAGGCACCACCGAGUGCGCCUGGAGUUCCAGGAUUCGCCAGUAAUUCGAGGGAAGAAGCUUAGGGGUGAACAGGGGGUGCAGGUAGUGCUGGAUCCUGUCCACAGCGUGCGCCUCAUUGACUGGUGGCACCCUCAGUACCCCACAUUCUCAUAUAAUUAGACUGAUUAACUCCAAUCUUGUCAAUUACAAAAAACAUUGCAGAAGACAAUUCAGGCCUGUUUCGACC